AUGAUUUGUUUGAUUGUAGAGCAUUUGGCGAAUGGUGAUGAUGAAAUAGGCGAGUUGUUUCUGAGGGAUCAAGUGCCAUCAGUGGAGCAGUUAAACGAUGGUAUACGACGAGCCGUUAUUAAGCGAACAUUUCUACCCGUUCUGAUGGGUAGUGCACUGAAGAAUAAGGGUGUGCAAUGUAUGAUCGAUGCGGUUGUUCGAUAUCUACCAAAUCCAUCUGAAGUUAUUAAUAAGGCGAAUAUUGUCAAAAAGUUAGUAGCGAUUUAA